CAUUGCGUUGAAUCCAUGAAUCCCCAUUGCCAACACACAUUGCUACUUCCUCUUCUCUCUCAACUCUCAACUCUCAACUCUCAAUACAUGGACAACCCACAUCCCCACCACUUAUCCUUCUUAACUUCCGAUCACUUUCUCUCCCAACGCACAGAUCCUCCCAUCAAGGAAAUGGAUUUCUUCUCAUCUUCAACCACUCAUAAAAAUAACAAUACCAACCAUGUCACUGCAGACAAACAACAACACCACCCGCAGGAUCAAACCCAUGGAUCACCCACACGUCUCAAUCAUCACACCGUAAACACCGGGUUGAAUUUAACGUGUGCCAGCCUUGGAGUCACAAAAGCAGAAAACGAUGAAACUCAUGAGCUGAGUUCUCUUGAAAGCCAAUUGCGCAAACUACAAGAAGAGAAUAGCAAAUUGAGAACUGUGCUGGACCAAAUUACCAAAAGUUAUACCCAACUACAAGCUCAGUUGUUCAUCGCUUUGCAGAAACAAAAGUUUCCUCAGAAUACGGAAGUGUGGGGACAAAAAGUUGUGGAGGGAGGAGCAUGCAGGAAAAAUGCAUCGGCUUGUGAUGAUGGCGAGGUAUCGGCAUGUCGUUCAAACAACGGAGAGGUAAUGUCGAAGAGAGAUGAUGCUGAUGAGGCUCAAUUGACUAAACUGAAUCUUGGAAAGAAGGCUUGUCCUGAUGUUGCAGAAGAACGGUCAUCGUCACAGAGUUGGGAAGAAGAACCCAAAACUGGGCAACAACUUGCUGCUGCUGACCAGAUUCCUUUCAGAAAAGCCAGGGUUUCCGUACGUGCUAGAUCAGAAGCUCCCCUGAUUAGCGACGGAUGUCAAUGGAGGAAAUAUGGACAAAAAAUGGCGAAAGGUAACCCUUGCCCUCGUGCCUACUAUCGCUGCACCAUGGCCGUAGGUUGCCCUGUCCGAAAACAGGUGCAAAGAUGCGCAGAGGACAAGACAGUGCUGAUAACAACCUACGAAGGGAAUCACAACCACCCUCUGCCACCGGCUGCCUCGGCCAUGGCAAACACCACGUCAGCAGCUGCGGCCAUGCUGCUAUCAGGUUCAACGCCCAGCAAGGAAGCGCUAACAAACUCCGCAGGAUAUUACUCUUCCCUUCCCUAUGCUUCAAUGGCAACCCUAUCAGCUUCGGCACCAUUCCCAACCAUCACCCUCGACCUCACGCAAACCCCCAACGCCAUCAUGCACCGAAUACCUACCUUCCCUCUCCCACUGCAUCAUGCUCAUGCAUCUGCUGCCCCCCACCUCCUAGGCCACCCCAUGUUCUUCUCUCAGAAUAAGCUUCCGCAGCGACAACCCUCCACCAUGGUGGAAACGGUCAGCGCAGCCAUUGCUUCCGAUCCCAACUUCACUGUCGCUUUGGCAGCGGCUAUCUCUUCCAUCAUUGGGAGAGGCGCUGAUGCUAAUAACAAUGUCAAUGCCUCACCGCACCUUCCUCACUCCACCAACUAGCUAUCUCCCAUAUCUCUCAACACUCUAUACUUUAAUUCUCUCUGUAUAUAUAUACAGAUAAUUAAUGGAGAGCAAGAUUAGGCAUGAGCACCAUUUACACUCUUUUUAAUUAAUACUUAUAUUAUGUAAAACUAAAACACUCCAUUAUUAAGACUCGCUUCUGCUUCUCAAUG